UCUACAUUCAAAGACCCAAGACAGAAGCGACUCCACAAGUAUAACAAAGACACAAUACUGGACUGUGAAUCCAUCGAGCUCUACCCUUCUCAUGAAGGGGGUAAUGUCUUUGAAAAAUAAAAAGGCCCUCACACAAAAAAAGCAGGUUCAUUUCUUUGUGUCACCAACCAAAAUAUUGAAUUCUGCCGAUCUCACCUCGUCUUUUAUCAUCCAUGGCAUUUGUAUAAUAUUGAUGUCUGUAUCAGUAAAAUCUACAAGCAAAUACCUAUUAAUACAAAACAGUUGGAUCUUUUGCUAUACAAUAGUAAAAUGUCUAGUGCAUUUCGACCUCCAUCUUUUUAUUUUUUUAAAAAAAAAUGGAACGUUCCACACGUGUCUUCCGUUUGGUUUAACACCAGCUGCAUGAUUGAAUAUGAGUUUCUAAAAUUUGAUAUUGGCACCACCAUAGUUAGCGUAUAUGACAACUUUUUUUGUUUUUGGAUUUAUUGACGAAAAGGUUAAAAAUGCCACUACUUCCAUUGAUGUUCCAAGUAUUUCCAGUUGACGAUCCCUUAUUUAUUUAUUUUUUAAAAAAUAAUCGUCAUAUGGAUCCAUAUCGUCUUCUGAUAUUGUUGUCGUUAUUCCAAAGUAACAAGAGCUUGUGUUUAAUAAAACUACUACAUAUUAGGGAAGUUUUUUUUUAUUAUUAUUUGAAAAGACGGUACCUUAUUUAAAAAUA